CGAAAGUCCACGGUUACGGAACCCUGGAAGCCUGCUACGUAUUUCCACACGCUCCUUCACCCAUCACGACGCAAUCACAUUUUGCCCAUGGCGUCAUCCUUGUUCGCAUUACCCGCUUCGCGUGUUACAUGGCGUUCUGUAGCAGCGUGUGUCGCUCUUGUCAAUUCUGUUUGACUUUACAAUGCUAUAACAUUACAAUGCUCACUUCCGAAGAUUGCCAAAGCGUGGUCAAUCUUGUUAAUUAUUCGUUGACCCCUCUCGUCCAUCCGCUCUUUUGUACCUUGAAUUUCCUUACUCAGAUAUUGAUUUUCCUUUAAUUUUACAUGACUCAUAAUGUUUCAUGUAUUGCUACUCAUAUUCCGAUGAUAAUUGGUGCAAUUCCAAAUACUAAUGAGAGAAAGUACAUUUGUAUGUACAUGAAUUAAUGAUCUGACCAUGACAAGUAACGUAGCAGCAAUUAAAUUAGAAGAGGGGCAAGAAUCCGUAACAGAGAUACAGACUUAUUUAGAAACAUUUAAUAAAGAAAUAGAAGGAGGUCAGGGAGAGCAAUUACAACAUGUACAAUUACAACAAGUGGAAGGAUUAUCAGGUGGAGAAGAGGGUGGGACUUAUUUUGUUGAUCAAUCUGGACAAUAUUAUUAUCAAGCAAAUAAUGAUGAAACACCUGUGAUGACACAGGUACAAAUUCAAGAAGUAGAAGAAACAGAUGUACAAAAUGAUGGAGAAGCAGCUCAAGAAGAACAAUAUAAUGAAAUUGAAGAAUUAGAAAAUGUUGAUGGUGAUGAAGAUAGUCAUGUAACUAACGGUGGAAAUAAUCAAGUUGUAAUCAAUUCUGGAGAUGCAUAUCAAACAGUUACUAUUGUACCAUCUGAUACAAAUCCAGGAGAAGUUAGUUAUGUAUUAAUAGUUCAGCAACCUGAUGCUGAAGACAAAGAAAGCAGACCUGUAGAACGAGAGGGAACAGAAGGAGAAGAAGGGGAAGGGGAACAAGAUCUUACAGUUUAUGAUUUUGAAGAUAAUGAAGAUAAUGAAGCACCUGUAGAAUCAGAAGCAGAAGAUGACAAAACAAAAAUUAUUAAAUUUUUACCUAAAAAGUCUCAAACUGUUACUCAAGCUCAUAUGUGUAAUUAUUGUAAUUACACAAGCCCAAAAAGAUAUCUGUUAUCACGGCACAUGAAAUCACAUUCUGAAGAAAGACCACAUAAAUGUAGUGUUUGUGAAAGAGGAUUUAAAACAUUAGCUUCACUUCAAAAUCAUGUUAAUACACAUACUGGGACCAAACCACAUCGUUGCAAAUUUUGUGAUAGUGCAUUCACAACUUCUGGUGAACUUGUUAGACAUGUUCGAUAUAGACACACUCAUGAAAAACCACAUAAAUGUCAUGAAUGUGAUUAUGCAUCUGUUGAAUUAUCUAAGCUCAAGCGUCAUAUACGAUGUCAUACAGGGGAACGUCCAUAUCAGUGUCCACAUUGUACAUAUGCAAGUCCUGAUACUUUUAAAUUAAAGCGACAUUUGCGCAUACAUACCGGAGAAAAGCCAUACGAGUGCGAUUUUUGUCAGGCAAGGUUUACCCAAUCUAAUAGCUUAAAAGCUCAUAAAUUGAUACAUAAUGUUGGUGAUAAACCAGUAUUUCAAUGUGAAUUAUGUCCAACCACUUGUGGAAGAAAAACAGAUCUCAGAAUUCAUGUACAAAAAUUACAUACCUCUGAUAAACCUUUGAAAUGUAAACGUUGUGGAAAAACAUUCCCAGAUAGAUAUAGCUAUAAAUUACACAGUAAAACUCACGAAGGAGAAAAAUGUUAUAAAUGUGAUUUGUGUCCAUAUGCUUCUAUAUCUGCGCGUCAUCUUGAAAGUCACAUGUUAAUUCAUACCGAUCAAAAACCAUAUCAAUGUGAUCAUUGCUUUCAAUCCUUCAGACAAAAACAACUUCUUAAACGGCAUUGUAAUUUGUAUCAUAAUCCUUCUUACGUUCCCCCUCCACCACAAGAGAAAACACAUCAAUGUCCCGAAUGUGAACGACCAUUUAGGCAUAAAGGUAAUCUUAUUCGACAUAUGGCUGUUCAUGAUCCAGAAUCAUCUCUUCAAGAAAAACAACAAGCAUUGAAGAUGGGCAGACAGAAAAAGAUUCAAAUUAUAGAUGGACAAAGAGUUGAAGUUAUGACAGGUGAUUUAGCUUCUAAACUUAAAGGUUAUGAAGAAGAAGAAGAUGAUGAAGACGAUAUGAUGGCAGUUGAAGGAAGCGAUGGACAACAAUAUGUUGUAUUGGAAGUUAUACAAUUAGCUGACAAUCAAGGAACUGAUCAGAUGGCUGUUGUAGCUAGCGAGGAUGGAGAUUUGGUGAUGCAAGAUCCUCUGAGUCAAGAAAGUGGAAUUGUAACUGGUACAGGAGAAGAAAUUGAUGAUGGAGAAGAAGAAGAAGUAGAAAUGGAUGAGUUAAAAAUUGAACCAGGAACAACUAAAUCUCAAAACACGCAAAAUGAUCCAAAAUUACAGAAAGAGAUGGAAACCUGUUUUGGUUUCGACGAAGAAGAAGAAGAAGAAGAAGAAGGUAAUAUAAAUAUACUGCAGACAAUUUCAUAAUAUAUAUAAAAAGAAGGAAUCCAAGGAAAUCCAUCUAAUAGUAAUAGUCACAUGUUUUAUCUCUCUCGCAGUAAUAAGAUAUAUACUGUGAGUGCAAUUUAAUAUUAUUUAAAAACUCUGUGCAUAGCUCCAAUGGAGCCAAUUUUCGGGGCCAGUGCGGUCUACAUGAAUGGUACAAGAACAUUUUUUGCCGCUAGUGCAUUAGAUGUACGUAAUAAUUUAUAAAGAAAUAGUAGUUUUGUGGUUUAGUGAAAUAUGAAGAAUGUACAAUUACAAUAAUGUAAAAUAUUAUUUUACUUUAUUAUCAGUAAAAAAAUUGCCCUUCAAAAAUUGUAAACCGACAAAACUGUUAUUAAUGAGAACAGAUAUAUUAGCAACGUAGAUUGGUAUAAUAUUUUUAAAUCGGUUAUUUAAUAUAAAGCAUGUAGCAAAAUAUUUGAAUUUAUCGAUAUCAUUCAUUGUUGGAAUGUGGUUAAUGGAACUGAAAUUACAGAAUAAAAUGAGGCUGCAGUGUAUAUAAAUGCUUACCAUUACACUUCAUUUUAUAGAUAAAUAUCAUAUUCUAUAAAUAAUUAGGAGAAAGACAAACGAUAAAUUUAAUGAUAUUGGUCGAAUUUUAUGUUAUUUAAUAUGAAUGAUAUAUAUAGAAAUGUAUAUAUAUAUAAGAAAUUCAUAAUACAAAAAGAGAUAACAAUUUUUCAUUGACCUGGAAGAUGUUACAUUUGUGAUUGUAUAGAAGUAUUUCAUAACAACAACAAUAAUAAUAAUAAUAAUAGUAAUAAUAAAAAAUCAUUUUAUGAAUAAAUAUCUAUACAUACAUACUAUAUAAUGAUCAUAAUUGUAUCAGGUCAAAAUUUUUGUGAAUACGAGACAAAGUAUGAAUGAAAGCGGAAAGUAAUUUGAUGUUAAGUGUAAUGUUAUGAUAAUUAGUAUAAUAAUUAUAAGAAUUAAUUUUUUA